GAGAGAGAGAGAGAGAGAGAGUGUGUGUGUGUGUGUGUGUGUGUGUGUGUGUGUGUGUGUGUGUUUGUGAGAGUGUCUGGCGGUGUGUUAGAGCGCGGUCAGCGCGCGCGGCAGCGACAUGCCCAAACCUCGCGAGCGCGUCUGGUGAAUCAUGGAGGUUUUAAGGCGCUGUGUUGGAUUUUACUGCUGAAGAGAGUUCAGGAGUGUGUGUCCGAGGAAGUGCUGUUGUUAAAUUCGAAAGAAUCCCAGGCAGAACUGGGCUGGACCUCGUAUCCUGCAAAUGGAUGGGAGGAAAUCAGUGGCGUGGAUGAAAAGUACAAACCGAUCCGCACUUACCAGGUGUGUAACGUGAUGGAGCCGAACCAGAACAACUGGCUGAGGACUGGAUGGAUCGGGCGGCGCGGAGGUCAGCGUAUCUUUGUGGAGCUGCAGUUCACGCUGCGUGACUGUAACAGCAUUCCGGGCGUGGCAGGAAGCUGUAAGGAGACGUUCAACCUGCUGUACGCAGAGUCGGACCGGGCGCUGGGGGGCCACGACGACGACGAGGCACGCUACAGUAAAGUGGACACCAUCGCGGCGGAUGAGAGCUUCACGCAGGGCGACCUGGGCGAGAGGAAGAUGAAGCUGAACACAGAGGUGCGUGAAAUCGGGCCUCUGACACGCCGCGGCUUCCACCUGGCCUUCCAGGACGUGGGCGCGUGCGUGGCCAUCGUCUCCGUGCGCGUUUACUACAAACGCUGCCGCGCCGCCGUGCAGAACCUCGCCGUGUUCCCGGACACGGUGGCCGAGGCCGCAUUUGCCACGCUGGUGGAGGUUCGGGGAGUCUGCGUUAACAAUUCUGAGCCGGAUGCCACCGAUUCACCUCCCAGGAUGCACUGCAGCGCAGAGGGGGAGUGGCUGGUGCCCAUCGGGAGGUGCAGCUGCAGCGGGUACGAGGAGGGACACAGCAGCUGUGAAGCAUGUCCACCAGGUACCUACAAGACGUCGUCCCAGCAGCAGGAGUGUUUGCCAUGUCCUGCUAACAGCGUGGCCGAGGACGACGGCUCUGUUCUGUGCGUCUGUGAAGAGGGACACUUUCGGACACCUCUGGACGCCCCGUCGUCUCCGUGCACACGCCCUCCUUCUCCUCCACGUGACUUGCUCUACACCCUGAAACAGUCGACCCUGAUCCUGGAAUGGGCCGCUCCGGCGGACGCAGGAGGUCGCAGUGACGUGACCUACAGCGUGGCGUGUCAGCGCUGCGUCUCCAUCCCACGUGAACACUGCGAGCCUUGUGGUGCUAAUGUGGGCUUCGUGCCUCAGCAGAGCGGCUUAAACGGGUGCACGGUCACCGUACUCAACCUCCUGCCCAACGCCAACUACACCUUCAGCGUGGAGACCAGGAACGGCGUCUCUGAUCUUCUGCCCAACAAACGCUUCUACACCCACGUCAACAUCUCCACCGGCCUGCCAGCCUCCUCUCAGGUGAGUGAGUUGCGAGUGGAGAAGAUCGACCAGCGCAGCGUGACUCUGGCGUGGAGAGAGUCAGCCAACCCCAACAGCAGCAGAACAGAAUAUGAGAUUAAAUACUACGAGAAGGAGCAGAAAGAUCAGAGUUACUCCACAGUUAAAACCUCAUCCACGAAAAUCAGUGUGAACAACCUGAAACCCGGCACCACCUACGUCUUCCUCAUUCGCACCUGCUCCAGCCCCGCCCCUUCGUCUCUAUACUCUGCCCCCUCUUCAUCCUCCUCCUCAUCAUCAUCACUCCUCUCAUCCUCUUCACCCUCUUUAUCAUCAUCAUCAUCAUCAUCAUCAUCAUCAUCAUCAUUAUCAGCCUCUGUUCCUGCAGUUCCUCCUCCGUCACCACCUCCUCUGGAUUACGGGGCUUUCAGCUCACCGCUGGAGCUGCAGACACUCGGAGAGUUGGCCUUGGCAUCCAGUGAGCAGAGUCCGGUGGUGAUCUUGGUGGUGGUGUCAGUAGCUGCUCUUAUUUUGCUGCUGUCUCUUGGUGUAGGACUCCUCAUCUGGAGGAGACAGUGUGGUUACAGUAAAGCCAACCAGGAGGGAGAUGAGGAGCUUUACUUCCAGUUUAAGAUCCCAACCCGGAGGACGUACAUCGACCCGGAGACGUGUGAAGACCUACUGCAGGCUGUUCACACCUUCGCCAAAGAGCUGGACAACUCAAGCGUCAAAAUCGACAGGAUUGUUCACACGGGAGAUUUUGGGGAGGUGUGUCGCAGCUAUCUGAAGCUGCCCAGUAAGCGCGAGCUGCCGGUGGCCAUCAAGACUCUGCGGAGCGGCUGCUCGGAGAAACAGCGGUGUUCGUUCCUGUGUGAGGCGGGAAUCCUGGGGCAGUUCGACCAUGCCAACAUCAUCCGCCUUGAGGGGGUCAUCACCAGAGGUAGCACCAUGAUGAUUGUGAUGGAGUGUAUGGCCAAUGGUUCUCUGGAUUCUUUUCUGCGGAAACAUGAAGGUCAGCUUAGCAUGCUCCAGCUGGUGGAUUUGCUAAGUGCUGUGGCCUCAGGGAUGAAGUACCUGGCUGAGAUGGGCUUCAUCCACCGACGCCUCGCGGCCCACAAAGUGCUGAUCAACAGCAGCCUGGCGUGUAAAAUCUCCGGCUUCAGACCUCUACCAGAGGACAAGAUGGAGGCCGUUUACACCACACUGCAUGGAGGGAAGAGUGUGGUGUUGUGGACGGCCCCUGAGGCAAUUCAGUACCACAGAUAUAGCUCCGCCUCUGACGUCUGGAGCUUCGGUAUUGUCAUGUGGGAGGUGAUGUCAUUCGGGGAGAGGCCUUACUGGGACAUGGGCAGCCAAGAUGUGAUCAAAGCGAUUGAGGAUGGUUUCCGGUUGCCAGCUCCUCUGAAAUGCCCACAAUCUCUGCACCAGUUGAUGCUGGACUGCUGGCAGAAGGAGAGGACGGAGAGGCCGAGCUUCACUCAGAUUCACAGCGCUCUUAGCAAAACCAUGCGCAGCCCAGACAACAUCGGCUCUUCCACACUCACACACAGGACACUUGCUUCAUCCUCCAUCUCUUUGGCAGACAGGACCCUUGGUGAAAGGACGCUAACUGAGAGAACCCUGGCCGAGAGGACGCUGGGAGAGAGGACGCUGGGAGAGAGGACGCUGGGAGAGAGGACCCUGGGAGAGAGGACCCUGGGAGAGGACCCUGGGAGAGAGGACCCUGGCCGAGAGGACGCUGGCUGAGAGGACACUGGCUGAGAGGACGGUUUCUUCGUUCCCCUCGGUCAGUUCUGUAGGCGAGUGGUUGGAUGCUGUGGAUUUGAGUCGCUACAAAGACAACUUCACUGCAGCAGGGUACUGCUACCUGGAGUCUGUCGCCCGCAUGAACGUCCAGGAUGUACUCAGUCUAGGUAUCACCUCUCUAGAGCAUCAGAAGCAGCUGCUGUCAGCUAUUCAGACUCUAAGAGCACAAGUCAUCCAGAUGCAUGGCCGUGGAGUACAGGUUUAACACACUAACACACACACACACACACACACACACACACACACACAGCGGGACGUCCACUAAUCUUGGAACAUCGGACGGUCAAAUGACGUAAAACUGCACAACUUUUUCUUUCUUUCUUUUUUUGUGGAAAUUUCGUCCCGCACAGUUUUGAUCCCAGAUGGUGCUCCGUCCCCCGCCGUACAUCAGAAUGGUUUGUUCCGCUCUUGUUCCGUCAUUUGGUCCCAGACUUCUCUCACAUACACACACACACACACACACACACACACACACACACACACUUCCACUGACCUGUUUAACUCCAAGGCUUUCUGACUCUCGACUGACGUGAGAGCGACGUCACGCACUAACGCUAACUAGCCACUUUCUCGCGCUCUACAGCGGAGAACUUCCUAACUUUCAGGAAGAAAAAGAAUAAGACUGAAAAUCUUCUUUUGUGUGAACUUUUCUUCCCGCGUCCUCCCAUAUUUACGGCUUCCUCUCCACACACUUCGUAUUAUUUAUGACUUAUUUAUUUUAUAUUUAUUUAUUUAUGUUGCUGCAGCAUUUUCAGUUUCAUAGGAGAAGGGCAUGCAGAUGCUGGGUUGCCAUGUUGAGGAAUAACCUGUGUUUUUGAUGAUUUAGUUCUGCAAUAUUACGUCAGGUGCAUCAGGAAAGUGUAAUAAAGAUUUGUUUCAUGUUUACGGGGUUUUAUUUACAUAAUCGAGAUCUAGACAAAUGCAUGUUUAUGUAAUCCUGCUCCUGAAGACCUUUUUCCUUUCAUUUAAAUUUUCACCUUUUAUUUAAUGUGUUUACAUUUAGAACAAUAUUUGCUGAUAAAUUAGCCAGCUUACAACCUAGCUAGUUUACUUAGCUCUUUAUUUUAAGUCGUUCAAUUUGAUUUGAACUCUUGCGCACAUGGUGUCUCAGUAGAACAUCUGGUUUAUUUAGUUUUUCUCUAAAUAUUUUCGGGAGGGAUUUUUUUGUUAAAUUAUUUUAGAAUAAUAGUCACAGAGUGGAAUCACGAGAAUGGCACUGUCUUUGUCUUAAAAAUUAAUAUUCACGAAUAAGAAAGCACUUAAUUAUAAUUGUAACAUGCUCCCGUUCUCAAACGUUUACCACGUUGCCACGUGUGUGAGAAACGAUGGCGUGAGCGACAGAUUUCGACUAAAGUGUUUUUUUUUUUUUUUUCUCCAAGUAUGUGUUUUUGUUCGUUCUGCUUCAGUAAAAGCUGGAACGUGUGGUUUAUAAUGCGUACGAUAAGAGCUUUCACUGUCCCCACACACACACACACACACACACACACACAAAGGCAUGUGCAAAUGUUCGUGAAUGUUCAUCCGUGUGUGUGUGUGUGUGUGUGUGUGUGUUAUUUCCCAUCAUGCUCUCUGUUUGAUACUGUAAAUAUGUACCUGAAAAUGCAAUCUAUUUUUAUAAUUUGUUUUGGAGAGAGAGGUGUUGAAUCUGACGAUAAUCUUCUCCCUGUGUUGGUUUGUUGGGAUUAGUAACGUAGCUCACAGCCUCAGUUCUUUUGAAAUAAUAAUCGGUGAUCAAGUUCUUUUUCUUUUUUCUUUCUCUUCUUGAUGAUUUUUACCUGUUCGAUAAACGGAUGGUGGAUGUUGGACUACUGAAAUGUGUUAUUAAAAAAUGAUACAGCGCGUGCACACA